AUGACAGCCGACCGGGACAAGGAGCUGCCCCUCCCUCCCGGCGCCGCUGGCUUCAGCCCAGUGACAAACGGCUACCACCACCGUAACCACCUCGCACACCUCCCCCUGUCCCCCACCACCCCAAUCAGUCCAGUCUUCUCCGACUCGUCCAGUUUCGCCACGCUCACGCCCUUCUCCUCCAACGACCAGGCAACUUACUCGAGGAUUGCUCACACCUUUACGCCCCUUGAGGCGCGUCAAAGUUCGAGAUCCACCCAGGACUCGUCCCCCUUGGCCCAGGUUGACCCAGUCACUCACUUGCCAACCACAUUCCGCAUUGGUACAAAGUACACUCAGCCCUUUGUUACCAUUCCCGAGGUCAUCGACCACCUCACCUUCCUGGCCUGCUUGCAUUGUCUACAAGAAGAUGUCCGUGACGCCCACUUCUACCGCAACAAUGUUCAUAUCCCCACGCGCAAGCAAUGGCCAAGAGAGUCGUACGACUGCUCAGACGACGAAGAAGAUGACCUUCUCAUCGACGGGGAUGUCAAAUGGACUGCGUUCUGCCUGCGCGCAGCGGCCCGCUUUGACCGCUGGGCGACGAGUGAUUCCCUCCUCACCCUCGCGGACUCGAUUCUCAGAUCGGGCCGGCCGCUCGUGGACAGGGAGGGCAGAACGUUUCUUUCCGAUGCGCAGAUGGAGAGUGUGAUUGCUAGUGUCGACAUUGACGUCCUCAUGGCCUGGCACACGUACAUGCUCAACCCGAGUGUGUAUGCGGACGACAUGGUGCGCGCCGGCGGCGAGCGCGGCAAGCUGCGAGGCCUCAAAGCUCUAGGGGCAUUUCCGCUCCGCAUCAUUGUGCGCCGUAUCGACCCCGAGACUUUCGUGUGGCAGCCACGGACAAAGGACGCUGAGGCGGUCCCCAUCCGGCUCACAGCUCACCCAGACUCGCUCGUGGCACUGCACGACACGCGCUCUACACUCUGGAUGAACUGUGCAGCGUGCGGCGGCGGCGUCGAAAUCCCCAUCAUCGGUCCGCCCCCGACCGGAACGGGCCUCGUGUCACACAAUAUGAACGUGCCCUGUCCUCACUGUUCCUUCAACAUUACUCAUGAGCAGCUCCGUCUGGACCGUAUGAUCCGCGACCUGGCCGAGCUCCACUACCAGCGCGUGCCCUUCCUCCCCAACCUAGGGCCGGGCCGCGAGGCGGGCGCGCUGUCGCAUCCGGCGUCGCUUGUGUUCAGUCGUGCGAUGGUGGAGGGCACCACCAGCCGCUUCUACGGCUACAGGCCGCUGUGGUAUGACAAUGCGAAGAGCUACCCGCCCAUUACGACAGGGCAAGUUGGCGAGCGCACAUCUUGGACCGUCAAGCAGACGAUUGAGGCGAUUAUGAACGAGAUCCUCAAAGAGGGCCUGAUGCGCCCAAUCUUCCAGAACCAAAUGCUGGGAUCCGAUGUCAAAACUGCUCGUGCGACGCUUCGCAAGUCGCUUGCCCGCUACUCGCGAGUAUACUCGGAAACAUACCUCCCGACUGUCAGCUUCGACCUUGGAGCCGCGAUCAUGCGCCAGGCCUCUUUCAUCGGCAGCAUGGAGAAGAUCGGAUGGCUCGAGGUGUCGCGCUGGCGGGACGCAAUCUUACCGGAUCGUUUCUACCUCCUGCAAAAGGCCGCUGCGCGGUAUCACGCCUUCCUCGACCUCAUGUCCGUCAACCCAAAGGCUUUCUUGUCGCCUACUCUUGACAUUGACCUAUGCUGGCACACGCACCAGCUGCACGCCUCAGGCUACGUGCAGGACACGACGGCCUUUGUUGGGCGGUUCGUUAACCACGACGACAAGGUCGCAGACGUGACCCUGAAGCGAGCGUACGACGAUACAGCCGUGCGCUGGGCGUUACGCUUCGGUACGGCUUAUUCUGGCUGCGGAUGCCCUGUGUCAUUCGAGAGCGAGAUGACGCUGAAACGUGUCGUCAAAUCGGCCGUAGCCUCCGAGUCGGCGCUGAAAUUCUGGAAGCGCAAGCAGCGGGCGGCGAGCAUCACGGGGGCGAAACAGGACAUCGAGAUACUCAACGGGUCUGCACCAGACGAGCAGGGAGCAAUGUGCCCGUCGACGCACAACCGUGUCAAGAUCGAGGGCUCGCAACGCAUCGAUGCGGCGCGAAACUCGAUGUUCUCAAAGAAGCGCAACCACGAGCACCCUGACCCCUUUACGACGUACUACGUCUUCGUGCCACGAGCGGUCCCGCGGCCUGAUGCCACGGCGUGGGAGCAGCUCCUCGCGCUCGACGACCUCGAGGUCGGACGUGUACUGGGGUGUGGCACCGUACUCAUUCUACGGGCCAUAUGGGCUCGCGAAUCCAUGGUGUAUGCCGAUGGGCGUUGCGACGUGCUGCGCCGGCGUCAGUGCAGCAUGCGCCACUGGCGUACACAACAUCGGCGGGCCGACAGGCGGGUGCGCAGCAGCAAGCGCGUGUUCUUCAUCUGGGGCGAUGUGCGGAGCAUCGGGAAGUGUGUGCGGAGCAUCGGGAGGCUGCAGGUUGCCCGCUUACAGGAUAGAGGACAGUACUAG